AGCCGUUUAAAACAAGUAGAGAUUUGUAUUUGCAGUUCGAUUCCGUUGGCCAAGAAAGAUUUAAAAUCCUCAUGCAUCUAAGCCUAGUAAGUGAAAGAACUAAGUAGAGGCGUAGGCCUUUGAGUUUCAUUCAUAGUUGUCUUUGCUCCUUGUUAGAGGAAUUGUUAUUUGUAUGGUUCAAAAAUGGCUACCAACGCUGCCCCAAUUGCCCCUGUGUGCUCGGCACCGAUGAAGGCAACGUCCAAUGGAGCUUUUCAGAAGGAAAACCCACUCGAUUUUGCUCUCCCAUUGCUCAUUGUUCAGAUAAUUUUGGUGGUCAGUUUUACCAGACUCCUUGCUUUCCUUCUUCGACCUUUAAGGCAACCUAGAGUCAUUGCAGAGAUCAUCGGAGGAAUUUUGCUUGGUCCUUCAGCCUUGGGAAGACACCAGAAGUUUUUGGACAUAAUUUUCCCCAAGAAAAGCAUGGCGGUGUUGGACACCUUAGCCAACAUUGGGCUGCUUUACUUCUUGUUUUUGGUGGGACUCGAACUCGACAUUCGAGCAAUUCGUCGCACAGGCACCAAUUCCUUAAUAAUAGCCGUUGCAGGGAUCAGUCUUCCAUUUAUUUUAGGCAUUGGUGCAUCGGUUGUUCUUCGUUCCACCGUGAACAAAGGAGUUAGCAACAUAGUUUUCCUUGUUUUCAUGGGGGUUGCUCUCUCUAUAACGGCCUUUCCGGUCCUCGCUCGUAUUCUUGCCGAACUCAAGCUUCUAACAACUGAUGUGGGGCGGAUUGCAAUGUCCGCAGCAGCUGUCAAUGACGUCGUUGCCUGGAUACUUCUUGCACUCGCUAUUGCACUCUCGGGAUCCGAUAGCUCUUAUCUUGUCUCCGUAUGGGUGCUGCUUUGUGGAACAGCUUUCAUUGUGUUUUCCAUUUUUGUAUUGAAACCGAUACUUUCAGUGAUGGCUAGGCGAUCCCCCGAGGGCGAGCCAGUGAAGGAGCUGUACAUUUGUAUUACACUAUCAAUAGUACUGGCUGCAGGUUUAAUCACGGAUAUAAUAGGCAUUCAUGCACUCUUUGGGGCUUUUGUGGUCGGCAUAAUAAUACCGAAAGACGGUCCUUUUGCUGGCGUGUUGAUAGAAAAGAUCGAAGAUCUAGUUUCGGGGCUUUUCUUGCCUCUUUACUUUGCAUCUAGUGGGUUGAAAACCAAUGUUGCAACUAUAGAAGGUGCCCAAUCAUGGGGUUUGCUAGUGCUUGUUAUAUUCACUGCUUGUUUCGGGAAGAUUGUUGGCACGGUUGUUUUAGCAAUGCUGUUCAAGGUACCUUUCAUCGAAGCUUUGGCACUUGGAGUCCUCAUGAACACUAAAGGCCUGGUGGAACUCAUUGUUCUCAAUAUCGGCAAGGACCGCAAGGUGCUAAACGACCAAACUUUCGCUAUCUUAGUUCUAAUGGCAUUAUUUACAACCUUCAUCACAACACCGAUUGUGAUGGCGGUAUACAAGCCUGCUAGAAAGGGAAAGCCCUACAAAAAUCGAAGGAUUCAGCGACAAGACCUCGAUAGCGAACUUCGAGUCCUGGCAUGUUUCCAUAGUACUCGUAACAUCCCAACGCUGAUCAAUCUGAUUGAAUCCUCUCGAGGGACGAGGAAGAAGGGACAACUCUGCAUAUACGCUAUGCAUCUUAUGGAACUCUCUGAACGAUCAUCGGCCAUUUCAAUGAUCCACAAGGCGCGCAAAAAUGGACUACCCUUUUGGAACAAGAAACCUGGGGAUCAAAAUCAAAUGGUGAUUGCAUUCGAGGCCUAUCAGCAGCUAAGAAGCGUCGUUAUCCGCCCGAUGACUGCAAUCUCACCAUUGAAUAGCAUACAUGAGGAUAUUUGCACCAGUGCGGACCGAAAACGAGCUGCCUUGAUUAUCAUACCAUUCCAUAAGCACCAAAGAGUAGAUGGAACAAUGGAAUCUUUAGGACACUCAUUCCAUCUAGUCAACCAACGCGUCCUCCGACAUGCCCCUUGCUCGGUCGGAAUCCUUGUAGACCGUGGCCUGGGUGGCACCACCCAAGUCGUCGCCAGUGAAGUGUCAUACUCAGUGGUGGUUCCUUUCUUCGGCGGCCAAGAUGAUCGUGAAGCACUUGCUUAUGGAAUGAGGAUGGCUGAGCAUCCAGGAAUCAAGCUCACCCUUAUUAAAUUUACACCCAAACCUGAAACGGCACUUAAUCCUCCCAAGGCUGAUGUGGGAGCUGAAUCCAAGAAAGACAACGACAUUUUCUCGGAGUUCCUUAAUUUAAGCAAAAGCAGUGAGUCUGUAAAACAUGAAGCGAUAGCAAUGGGAAGCAGAGAAGACGUAAUCGCAGCUUUGAGAUCAAUGAGCAACUCUACACUGUUUUUGGUAGGAAGAACGUCUCCGGCAAUGCCUUUGUCGGACAGGAGUUCGGAUUGUCCUGAACUAGGUCAUGUCGGGAGCUAUUUAGCCUCAUCGGAUUUCUCCACUACUUCAUCCAUUUUGGUUAUCCAACAAUAUGACCCUUCCAUAAACGCCAUGGAAAAGCCUCUCGAUGACAUCAAUGAGGCUUCAAAUAAAACAGUGUCAAAUGGUGUAUGAGAGAUUCAAGCUCCAAUUCCUUUGAUAGAUUCCUUCCUCGAUGGUGAAAAAUAAAUCUUAGGGAGAGAGAAAAGGUCAACUAUACGUUCAGUUACAUUGGCUCUUCAAUAAUGGUUGUUAUGAUUGUAUCCGGCAGGCUACGAUUAUGUGUCCCACAUUUUAUUAGGAAUACUUUGUCAUAAAACUGCACUCGAUCAUUGCGAUUAUUGUGGUUGUAAAAUGAAUAGUAAAAGGACAAAAGAUAAAACAAUAAUUUAUCGACAUUAUUUUGGUACAUCAAAUAAAUUUUUUUUUUAACAUUUGUUUAUGA